GGUUUCCUGCGGUCCUCCGGUAGGUAGGGGGCGCAGGAUCUCCGCACCGGAAGUCUUCCCAGGGUCGGAUGUGCCUGAGGAAAGUAGAGAGGCAAUCGCGCAUGCAUCUUUUGGUUCUGGCUCGAUGGCGGGCAGCCGCUCGGGAACGAUGCAGGCUCUGCAGGCAGUGGACACUGAGUUUACAGCAGACUCGGUGGAGUGGUGCCCAGUAGAGGGUUGCGAGCAUUUGAUGGCCUGUGGGACCUACCAGCUGCGAACGCCCGAGGACCAGCCUGCACUGGAUGUCAACAAGUCUCAAGUUCGUUUAGGUCGUCUCUACCUGUACAGUUUCAAUGAGGACAACACAGCUAAACCUCUGGUUGAAAUCCAGAGAAGGGAUUGUUCUGCCAUCCUGGACAUGAAAUGGUGUCAUAUUCCAGUGUCUGGCCACAUACUUUUAGGCUUGGCAAACGCCAAUGGAUCUGUAGAGCUGCUCCAUCUGAUGGAAUAUGAGAACAGUCACACCCUACAACCAAUAUCUAGCCUUACUCUGGAGGAGAGAUGUCUGUCCUUGUCCCUGGAUUGGUCAACUGGGAAACAUGGAAGGGCCAGAGACCAGCCCUUGAAGAUCAUUAGCAGUGAUUCUAAGGGGCAGCUGCACCUCCUGAUGCUGAAUGAGGGAGCAGCUGAACUACAGCUAGUGGCUUCUUGGCCAGCCCAUCACUUUGAGGCCUGGAUUGCUGCUUUCAAUUACUGGCAGACAGAACUUGUGUAUUCAGGGGGAGAUGAUGGCCUUCUGAGAGGCUGGGACUCUAGGAUGCUUGGCACACCUAUCUUCACUAGCAAAAGACACUCCAUGGGUGUGUGUAGCAUCCAGAGCAACCCCCACCAGGAACAUAUUCUGGCUACUGGAAGCUAUGAUGAGCAUGUUCUGCUGUGGGACACUCGGAACAUAAAGCAGCCAUUGGCAGAUGUACCAGUGCAAGGAGGCGUGUGGAGGCUCAAGUGGCACCCAGUCCACCACCACCUACUCCUGGCGGCCUGCAUGCACAGUGGCUUCAAGAUUCUCAACUGCCAGCAGACCAUUGAGAAGAAGGAGGACAUGACUGUCUUAAUAUCCCACGAAAUGCCAAACUCAUUAGUGUAUGGAGCUGACUGGUCUUGGCUUCUUUUCCAUUUGAAGAAGCCCACACCCACCUGGUCCUUUGAUCAAAAUGGCAUGGGAGCCCAAGCAGCAGACCUGAAGGUUGCAGAGGAGCCACCAGCACCUUUCCAAGAACAAAUAGAGAACCACCAUGUGGAAGGCCCCACUAAAGCUCACAGCAGAGCUGAAUUGAACACUUCUCUCCUUCCAUUAACAGAGGACAUGAAAAGCAGCCGCUCUUCCAAGAUCUGUGAUCUCAGCCUCUUUAGUGGAGGGAAUUUUGACAAUAGCCUUCUGGCCACCUGCUCCUUUUACGACCAUGUUCUCCACCUCUGGAAGUGGGAGACAAAGCAAGCUUGAGGCUGCACUCUUUACAUCCAUGCUGGAUGUGAGUGACUUGAGAGUGGACUUUGAUUCUGUUUUGGCAAUGAGUGGGGUUUUCCAGCUCUACAACUAAGUGUCUUGGUAUAUUUUGACUUUCAGCCCUUUAUUUGUAUUUAAAUCCUUGUUUACAUUAAUUACUUUUCAAAUUUUUUAAUUUUUUAUAAAUUGUAAUUAUAUGCA